AUGGGGUACAAUUUGUCCUAUGGAAAACUGCCAGACAACGGUACCUCCCCCAACUCCACCGCAGGCUCCCCGGGCAACUCCACACACAACGAGUUCACCACCAUCGUCCUGCCUCUGAACGGCCUCGCCGUGUGGAUCUUCUUCCACAUCAGAAACAAAACCAGUUUCAUAUUUUACCUCAAGAACAUCGUGGUUGCAGACCUCCUCAUGACGCUGACGUUCCCAUUCAAGAUCAUCCAGGACUCACAGCUGGGGCCGUGGCACUUCAACGCCUUCCUGUGCCGCUACACCACAGUGCUGUUCUACGCCAACAUGUACACCACCAUCGUCUUCCUGGGGCUCAUCAGCAUCGACCGCUACCUGAAAGUAGUGAAGCCCUUCGGAGACUCCCGGAUGUACAGCAUCACCUUCACCAAGAUCCUGUCCGCCUGCGUCUGGGUCGCAAUGGCUUUCCUGGCCCUGCCCAACCUGAUCCUCACCAAUGCGUACCCCACGCGCAGGAACGUGGACGACUGCCUGAAGCUCAAGUCGCCCCUGGGGCUCCAGUGGCACACUGCUGUCCUCUACAUCCACACUGGCACCUUUGUGGUGGUGCUGGUGGUGCUGAUUGGGUGCUACAUUGCCAUAUCCAGGUACAUUUACAAAUCCAGCAAGCAGUUCAUCAGCUCCUCGAGCAGAAAGCGAAAGCACAACCAAAGCAUCCGGGUUGUUGUGGCUGUGUUCUUCACUUGCUUUCUGCCGUACCAUUUGUGCAGGAUACCCUUUACUUUCAGCCACCUAGAUAAAAUUUUGGACGACUCUGCACAUAAAAUCUUGUAUUACUGUAAGGAAAUGACACUGUUCCUGUCUGCAUGCAAUGUCUGUCUGGACCCAAUCAUUUACUUUUUCAUGUGCAGGUCAUUCUCACGAAGGCUGUUCAGAAAAUCAAAUAUGCGAACCAGGAGUGAGAGCAUCAGAUCACUUCAGAGCGUCAGAAGGUCAGAAGUGCGCAUAUACCACGAAUACACUGAUGUUUGA